AUGGUUACGGGUGUUGAAACGGCGGGCCUAGUACUUGCUGCAUUCCCAUUGCUCGUCAAGGGCAUCAGCGAUUAUCUAGAGGGUAUCCAGAAGGUCAAACAAUUGCGAAAUUUUCGCCAGAUCUUGGAAAGCUACUGUAACACUCUGGAGGCCGAAGAGAUGCUGUUCCGCCGAACAAUUGAGCUGACGUUGGACCAAGCGGAUGUUCUUGAGCCACAUCGCUUGACUGAAAUGAUGGCUGAUUCGAAGCACACCUUAUGGAGGGAUACAGAGCGUGAACGGGCCCUCAGAGAGUUCCUUGGUCCUUCAUAUGACGUCUUCAUGCAAACCCUGAAAGCCUUGAAUGUUUACAUUAGCGCGCUGAGGGAAAAACUCAAGCUUGACUCGUUCAAUUUGGAAAGCGGCGCUCAGGAAAAGUUCUGGGUCAUCAAAGCCAACUUACACAACCUUGUGUUGACUCUAUCAAAAAAGUCUUUGGACUUGAGUCUAAAUGAAAUCAAGCAAGCCAACGUGAGGCUACUUAGAUUCACUCAAGGAUCAAUCCUCCUCGUAAAGUCGGAAACGUAUACAACACGUCUCAUCUUUCGCACGUCUCGCCUUCACAACGAAAGGUAUAUUGAAGAGCAACGGGAGGUUGAGAUUGCUUCGCAUGACAGGCAAGAAUUGCCCUCUAAAGAAGUCAGCCGUCCGAGCACUGUGCAUUUCGCUACGCCUGACUCGAACACCGUCCGCUGUCCGGUCCCAGAGCCGCUGACUAGUUGCUGGGUCGACAAAUUGAUCCAGCCGAAGGAUGCCUGUAAUGCAAUAUUCGGCCCUCGCCUGGACGGAAUAUGGCAAACUGCCGGGUUUCUCGAGACCAAGUAUAACCCCGCGAUACGCUAUUAUCUCACUGUCCUCCCAGAUCGAAGAAAGGCCCAACCUAUCUAUCUGACUGCACUGCUUGAGGGAAGCCCAAAGCUUUCAGCCGGCCAAGCCCUACCCUGGCGCGAGAAAUUAGUCAUCGCCACAACAUUAGCGUCCAGUGCUCUGCAGCUGAUCGAUACACCCUGGUUGAAUGCGGGAUUGCUCAGCAAGAACGUUGUAGUCUAUUAUCAGAUGAGACUAGGUGCCAACGGAAUGCUCCUACGUGACAUCCAGACUUAUGUCACUCGAGAUUUAGACUCUUCUGCCGGCGAGACUUCUGAGCCGUCGGAGUUCAAUGAGCUUCCAAUCCAAUGCCCGACGCUUUUUGCACUUGGGAUGACACUGGUGGAGCUGUUGUUCAAUGAACCGUUGAUCUCAUUGGCUCAGGGUAGUUAUGAUGGAAAGUCCGAAGCAUACAUUAGAGCAAGAGUUGCCCUAGAUAAGAUUGACGAAGUGUACACGUAUGCUGAAUACAAGUAUGCCAGUGUCGUGGAAUACUGUCUCACAUACCCUCAGCAACGACAGCCACGAUUCGGAGGAAGAGACAGCGACUUUGAACACCACGUUUUCGAAACGAUCGUCCAACCGCUUUAUGAGGACCUAGAACAUUGGAAUGGUACAGGAGAGCAAAAUCAGCGCCUAAGAACAAGUCAUAGAUCAAAUGCUUCAUCUAUGUAG